GUUUGAAACGAUUCGUUUCUCACAACACGAUUUUAGUCGAAGCAGUACACGACUGGGGCAGUGACGCGCCAGCGACGCAGCAUAAUGACAGCAUCCGUUGUCGUGUCAGGAAGUCUCGCUUCGAUCGCGUUCGUACAAACGACAAAAUAAAAACCUGUUUAACUUGUGCUGAUAUUUAUCGUAAUCAAUCAAAACAAAAUGAAAAUAGAAAUGAAUAACCAGAUUCUUAUUGGUAUGGUGGAAGAACGACCGGUGUUAUGGGACAGAACAGAUGAAAACUAUAAAAAUAGACAGAAAACAGCUGAAUGUUGGACAGAAAUUUGUCGACUUUUAAUAGAUGGAUAUGAUGAGAUGCCAAGGAAAUCACAAAGGGCAAUAGAUAAGGAGGUUUUAAAAAAAUGGACAAAUAUAAAGGACGGUUUCUCCAGAUGGCAUAGAAAGUGUAACGAGCUAAUUCGUUUGGGUUCAAAUAAAACUAUAAAGAAAUAUGUAUAUUAUGAUCAUAUAUCAUUUUUGUUAAAAAAUAUGGUUUCAAAUCAGGACGAACUGACUUUCGAGGACAAUGAUCCACUGCAAGUAGAAGAAGGUACUCUUAGCGAUGUACCAACGAAAAGGUUAAAACUUGAAACUAGUACAUUCGAAAUAAAACCGAGCCCAACCAGGUUAGAAAGUGAGCUCAGUAAUACAUUCGAAGCAUCUCCAAGUCCGUCGUAUCAAAGUUCUACGAAUCGCCACAUGGCAUUUUUUUCUAGUGUACUACCUUCUAUAGAAAAUUUCGAUGACGACCAAUUCUGUGAUUUCCAAAUUGGAGUACUGCAACUCAUACGGUCUUUAAAACGAAGAGAGAAUCCAAAAGAUUAGAAGUAUAUUUAUUAUCUAUAUCCUUUAAGACAAACUUGUACAAUAAUUUUACCUACAUUUUAGCACCACUGUUAUUUUCGAUAAAAAAAUAAAUGUUUAACAAUAAAUAUA